AUUUCUGGAGAGGCGCAGCUUUCGUCAGGUAAAAAGUUAUGUUUUUGCAAUCAUUGUCAGGGACUGACAAUAGCACGCGGGGGCGCCGGGGAGUUAAGAGGAAGUAGCGCCUUUGCCGGCACGGGUUAAGCCAGUUCUGUAAGGAGUUGGUUCACUUCGUAUAUCUUUGUCACUCUCAUUGUAAUAGAAGUUUUUCAUACCUGGUGUUCAGACACUUUAUUUCCUCCUAAGUCUUCAUUUUGAAUAUUUGGCAAUUAUUACAUUAACCAGUUCUUGUCUAAGAGGUUACAUUAUUUCCCCGGAGCUCCUUCCUACAGUUGCUCAGUGCUGAAGUUGUGCGUACUUGUGAAUAUAUAUAUUUGUUACAGUCCCUCAAGUUUUUCUUGACUGGAUUUCGCCCCCAGACUGUCAGUGGACGUUGUUUUCAAUCUUUAUUUAAGCGCGUGGCUGUCGGUGUUUGGGACAGGGCACCUGCACUUUUGGGGACAGGAUGGCAUUCGUCAGAAGGAUGUUCAGGCUCUCCAAUUUCGAGAAGAGACGCUCUAAAGAAUACGAGUAUGUACGCCGAGAUCAGAAUCCCAGUGAGAUAUGGCAGAUCAUCGGGGAACUGGGUGAUGGUGCUUUCGGUAAAGUGUACAAGGCUAGAAACUUGGAAACUGGAGCUCUGGCUGCUGCAAAAGUUAUUGAAACAAAGAACGAGGAAGAGCUGGAGGACUAUAUUGUGGAGAUAGAGAUUCUAGCCACAUGCAAUCACAAGCACAUUGUGAAGCUACUGGAUGCUUUUUACUUUGAGUGCAAGUUAUGGAUUAUGAUAGAGUUCUGCGCUGGAGGGGCUGUAGAUGCGGUCAUGUUGGAUCUUGAUAAAGGGCUAACAGAACCUCAGAUUAAAGUAGUCUGCCGACAGAUGUUUGAAGCUUUGCUCUAUCUCCACAAUAUGAAAAUAAUUCACAGAGAUCUAAAAGCAGGAAAUAUAUUGCUAACACUUGAUGGAGACAUCAAACUAGCUGAUUUUGGUGUUUCUGCAAAGAACACGAAAACAUUACAGAAGCGAGAUUCCUUUAUUGGCACACCUUACUGGAUGGCCCCUGAAGUUGUAAUGUGUGAGACCAUGAAGGACAUACCGUAUGAUUACAAAGCCGACAUCUGGUCUGCAGGGAUAACGUUAAUAGAGCUGGCACAGAUUGAACCACCUCAUCAUGAUCUGAAUCCCAUGAGAGUGCUGCUGAAAAUUGCCAAAGCCGAUCCUCCAACCUUAGCUAUCCCAUCAAAGUGGUCCCAUGAAUUCAAAGAUUUCCUUAGGGUGGCACUGGAUAAGAACCCUGAAACUCGACCCACUGCAUUACAGCUGUUGGAGCACCCCUUUGUGAAUUCAGUUUCUGAUAACAAGCCUUUACGAGAGCUGGUGGCAGAGGCUAAGGCUGAAGUGAUGGAGGAAAUUGAAGACAAUAGAGAGGAAGGUGAAGAUGACGACUCUUCAGAAGUUGUGUCUCCCACAGGUACUCAUAAGCGGGAUGCUUCUGAAGUCAGUCAGAUAAGCUUGGAAGGGAUGAAAAUUUCAGAUUCGCGCACAAUUCCUGAAGUGACACCACAGGACAUACAACUGGAACCUCCUAAAGAUCAAGCUGAUGUACAGAGUGAUAAACUAUCAGAUGAGGGCAUCAGUAGUGGAGAAAGUGACAAAACUGAUGGAGAAUUUUCUGUAAAACAUAGCAACUCUGACUGUGAAGCCAAGGACAGCAAAACUGCCACAAGUGUGGAAAAGAAGCCAGAUGAUAAUGGAAAGUUACCUCCUGUGGACUAUCCUGAUAAACAGAACAACAGGAAAAGUGCACCAUGGGAUCAGGGAUCACCUGCAGAUAUAAAACAGUGCAACAGUGUUGCAUAUCCUAAAGAAGAUUAUUUGGAAGAUUCUACUGGAGAGAGACUAGCCAAUGGGUAUGACAGAUCAUCUGAUCCCUUAGACAAUAGAAAAUCAAGACGUGAUUCAGAUUUUGGCAGCUUUUGUACUUCAGACAGCAUGGAUCUGAGCAUCUCAUCUGCUGAUCUGGCUGUGAAUAGUCAGACUGGAUCUAUUUCAAUAAGGAACUCUAAUUUUCAAAACAAAACUCUGAAGCGAACAAGAAAGUUUGUUGUGGAUGGAGUGGAAGUAAGUGUGACAACCUCCAAGGUAAUAAGUGAUGACGAAAAGAAAGAUGAAGAGAUGCGGUUUCUUAGACGCCAGGAGCUGCGAGAGCUGAAACUGCUCCAGAAGGAAGAACAUAAAGCCCAGGCAGUUCUUAAUAUGAAACUUGUUCAGCAGAAGGAAAAUAUGACACGACGAUUUGAACAAGAAAAGACGACAAAAAAAAAGUUUUUUGACAAUGAACUGGAAAAUCUUGAACGUCAACAGAAGCAGAUGAUUGAAAAAAUGGAGCAAGACCACACAGUUCACCUCCGUGAAGAGAUCAAACGGAUUCGUGCAGAGCAAGAGCGGGAGUAUGCCAAAUUCCAAGAGGAGCAGAAGCUGAAAAAGAAGGAGGUCAAAAGUCAAAUAGAUAAACUUCCAAGACAACAAAGAAAAGAGAGUAUGAAGCAGAAAAUGAAUGAAUUUACAAACACAAAACAAACAGAGGAGCAGCAGUUUCAGGCAAAACAGAAGGAGUUCUUGGAAAUGACUAUGAAGAAAAUUGUUGCAGACAACAGACGUGAGAUUUCUGAUAGGGAGCGUGAAUGUCUCAACAGGAAGCAGAACCUUUUGAGAGAACGUGAAGGUACAUUGUGGGAACUAGAGGAACACCAUCUGCAAGAAAUGCAUCAGCUAUGGAAGCAACAGCUUAAAGAACAGUACUUCCUUCAGAGGCACCAGCUUCUCAAAAAGCAUGACAAGGAGCAAGAGCAGAUGGCUUGCUACAAUCAACGAAUGAUUGAACAGCUAAAAAUCCGCCAGCAGCAAGAAAAAGCCAGACUCCCUAAGAUCCAGAGAAGUGAAGGGAAGACACGGAUGGCAAUGUACAAGAAAAGCCUUCGAAUAAAUUCCAGUGGCAGCCCUACAGAGGACAGAGAAAAGAUCAAACAGUUUGCCCAACAAGAGGAGAAAAGGCAGAAAGCAGAGAGGCAGCAGCAGCAGAUAAAGCAUGAAAACCAAAUGAGAGACAUGCAGGCCCAAUGUGAUGGCAACAUAAGGGAACUUCAGCAAAUCCAGAAUGAGAAGUGCCAUCUUUUGAUAGAACAUGAGACCCAAAAACUCAAGAUGCUGGAUGAUGAACACAACCAUAAACUGAAGGAAUGGCGGGAGAACCUGAGGCCAAGGAAACAGGCUUUGGAAGAUGAGUUGACCCAGAAGAAAAAGGAGCAGGAGUUGUUCUUCAAGAUGAGUGAAGAAUCUGACUUUCACAACACAGCAUCACUGAAUAAACUUGCUAAAUUUUUACCAGUUAACUCCACUGAAUCAUUAUAACAAAAGGAGCUAACAACCAGCAGGGCUGUUGUAGACUGCAUAGCAUUUUCCCUUUGAGAUACUAAAGGAGGCCAUCUGAGUUGGUUUCCACUAAUUUUUUUCAUUAAAAAUAUUGCUCAUAAACUCUGGGAAACAGCUUCAUUAUUAUCAUUGCACAGACAUAUUUUCUGUCAGGGGCAUCUACAGUGUAUUAUUGUUACUGGGUCUUGUGCUGAAGUGGUACAUGCAAGUGGAGCAAAACAAGACUGCAUGUUACAGAUUUUAGUUCCUUCAGGUAAGGGGAACAUCUUACAUGCACAUGCAUAUGGGUCUUCCAUCGCAUACAAGGCUCCUUUGUUUAUCAGAAGUGACUGAGAGCAUGAUGAACCCAUCCAUUUUCUUUACCUCUGUAUUAAUUGCAGAGUCUUAAGAAGUGGGAUGUAUGUGAAAUAUGCACUGUCAUCCUCCUAUUUCAGUGGAUGGAAUAAAAAACAAUUACUUUGCUAAUCUUAUCUGUGCAUAUACUCGUUACAAGACUUUUUCUUUGUUGAAUAAUCUGGGAUUGCCUAACAUGUGAGUUAUGUAGCCACUGACAGUGUUUCUCGAUGUACAGAAAUGGAGUGUAUGCAUUGUCACACAGGCACUCUACUGAACUUCUUUAAUGGACCAAACGUUACAUGUGUACACGUUUAAUUCCGCGACUUGCAGAUCAACAUUCAGAUGUCAUUAACCAUCCACAGUGAUCAUAGUUUCAGAACUUUCAGAUGUAUGGUUUACAAAGGCUGCUUCAGUGAUUUUGACUGCAGUAACAUUAACUUGAUGUAUGGUUUAGUACACUGAGACAGGAAGUAUCAAUUGUGACUGCUUGUUGAAGUACCUAGUAAUAAGAUAAAUAACCUCAUAGUAAGAAAAAUAAAUUUGUAAAUACCAGUUUAGGUUGUGUGCCUUUGACAGAAUGUUUAAUGAAAAUGUGCCAUUGUGGAUACUAUAUAGAUGAGAGAUGUUUCAGGUCAUGGGAUACUUCAGAUUUGUACCACUAGUGAAUAAAUGAAUGAUGUAUGCUUCACAUUUGUACCACUGCUGAAUCAAUGAACAAACAUUCUAUGCUUCACAUCUGUGCCACUGAUGAACAAAUGUUAUACACUGGACUUUUGUUACCACUUAAGCAAUAUUUAAUAUAAAUUUUAUGAACAUGGUAAUCCCCUCCAUUUAAGAAUUACUUUAAUAGACUACUUGUGUGUAUGUUGCACCCAGUGUUCUGCAUUUCCAUUGUACUACAUUGUAUGUCACUCCUGUUCAUCAGAGUUAUUAUUAGAUACAACAGUUACAGACCUGUCGCCUUUUCAAGUCUACCUUUGCCUUGUUUAUGCUGAUACCUUCAUUGGUGCCAUAUUCUUUAACGUUAUACAUUGCUUAUUGACUGAAAAAUAACUGUUAGAAAAAUCACCAUUUGGGAGACUCUAUUUUGCAUUUAAAGAAGUGUACUUACAUUUGCAUGAAAACUGGAUUUUUAGUUUUGGAUUUGCUGCAGGAGGUCUUUGUUUUCUGAAUAUGGAAUGUUUUUGUUUUGCAAAUGGCUGUUAAUCACAGUACUCCAAAACCUUAUUUGCAGGGAAAGUUUUGUUGAAGUGUCAUUUAAUGCAUUUUGUAGCCUAAGCUGAAUUGUCUUAAAGUUAUGUGUUUCCACUGCUGUACAGUUGAAUGUUCCUAGUGAAAAGGAGUCCCACCCCAGCUCAGCUUUACUUAGCUGUGUCCCUUAUGCUGACCAAGUGCUGCUGCACCUACAGUUCUGAUGCAUUGUAUGCUUAUUUUAUUAAGUAGUUCCACCUCCAGUAAAGAAGCUACUGCAACAGUGAUCUAUGUUUGACUAUCUGUUAUCUUGCCUUGCACUGUGGAAUGCAGCCCAUUUGAGAUGACUACCUGUAUGUGACAGUCAUAGACCAACUACACUGUAGUAUAUUAUUUUGAUGGGUUUUGACAAAAAGUUGUACUUUUUCACCUUACAAAACUGAAAUUGUUCCAGCUCUGUUUGGUAACUACAGUUAAUUUGACAUAUGAGAUUAUGUGAUUGCAAGUUCUCCUUCUGCAUUUUUAAACUGAACAUUCGUUUUACUUGCAUGGCAUCUGUGGAUUCAGUGUGCUAAAUAUAGUAAGUUUUAUUGCAUCAUUCCAAUAUAUUUGGCUUUUCUGAUGUAUGUUCAAGGAAGGAAGAACCACUGCACAAAGCAAUGUGUUCAUUUCAGUUCCUAACCAAACUGUUAUGUUUGCAGGCCAGGAACAUAUCCUGAAUUUGCCAAGCCAAAUAAGUUAUUUUAAGCAUAUUGGCAGUAUUUUUGCUGAGACUUGAUACGUUCUUGCAUUGUUGUAGUGCUUUAAAACUGAACCUGUCUGAUGAUGUAAAACAUACAUUUUUGUUGUCUAUAUGUAAAAUAUGUGGGCAAAUUGGUCUAAUGAAUUGUUACUGAAUAGAAAGAGUAUUAGUCUGUAUGAUUAGGGAAUCAAAGUCAGAUCUAUAUUCUGUUUGCCUUGGCAUGGAAUCAUGCUGAGAUAAAACUUAAAAGGACAGAAACAGUUAUUCACGUGAAAAAGCAUUUGCACUGUUAGAGAAAACAUGUAUGUGACUUUUGUGAUUACAUUUUGUCUUUACUUGGUCACAGUUUUUUUGCUUUCUUAUAAUUUACCUAAAAUUCUGCCACCAUAUAUUCUGAUUCAUUUUUGCCACUAGGAGCAAAAUGUUUUGUGUGUAAACAAGGAAGCAUAGCAUUUAAUGGGCAAAUAAUUUUAAAUAGUUGGUCAAAAUUCAUAAUAAUAAUUUAAUUUCCAUUAAAAUUGCUUGGCUUU